GUGUAAUUUAAGAAAGUUAUAAGGAAAUUUCGUAAAUAUCUCAAUAAGAGAAAUUGGGUCUCCAAGUUGGCCCUAGAAUUUCAUUCACAAUUUGAACGCUCAGUGCUUCACCAAUUUCUGAUUUGCUCCAAUGGCGGCAUUUUCUUCUUCCUCAUCUUCCUCGGACUCUUCUGAUUCGUCGUCUCCCUCUUCCUCCCACCGCCGAUCUCGUCGGCACCACCGUAGCCGCCGUGACAAAGACAAAGACAAACACAAAGAUGCUCUCAAGGUUCGGAAGAAGAUCUCGCGCUCCCACACCAAACGACGUCGUAAACACCAACGUCACUCCUCCGAUUCCUACGAUUCUUCAUCCCUAUCCGGAUAUUCCAGUGACAAUUCUUCUGACAGUGAGCACGAACCAUCCGGUCGUUCAAAGAAACUCAAGAGGAGUGACAGACACAAGAAGAGCAAGGAUAAAGAACGAACCAAGACUCAUCGCCAUAAAAGGCAUAAGCAUAGAGUUAAAGAGAAGGAGCAAGAUGAAAGACGUAGCAGCCCUGUACAGCUUUCAAAGUUUUUGGGUCGUCAAAAAGAUGAUGGUGUACGUCGAAGUGCAGUCUCAGGAAAAAAGAUUCUAUUGAAACUUGACAAGUCAAAGGAAGACAAGGCAGCAGAGAAUAAAAGAAAUGAAUUGCUGAAAUUCUUGAAUGCUAGUUUCGACUAAUUUUCCGGAAAUUUGUUACUCGAAGGAAUCAGAAAGUGAAUGGAAGGAGUUGAGGUGGCCACUGCCCGAUUGUCAAAUUUUCAAAGUACGUGGCAGAAACCUAGUUAUCUAUCAUGGAUUUCAAAGUACGAGAAAAAGGUUCUUUAUCAUAGAUUCACAUUUUUACAAUUAGUAUUGUCAUUACUUAUAAUUGUUGGCAAGCAUUGUUACAAUUAGUAUUUUGUUCAAACCUUCAAUUUGGGGUUGUGUACUUGUAUGAUGGCAAGUAUUUCCAUUAUUAGACUAAGUUGUAUGCAAUUUAGUUUGUGGUGGUUCUAUUGGUGACUAUUUUGUUCUUCCUCUUACCCCCUUCUAAAUACUCAUAAAAUUUUAUAAUUUUUAUAAUUUUUUUGCACAUCA